GGCGCGCGGAGGACGCACGGGGCGGCGGGGACGGCGGCGGCCGGAGCGCGCCUGGCGGGUGUUGAAAGUCAGCAGAGCAAGGACAGAGACGUGGAGAGACAGGGAGAGAAAAGUGCAGAGAGACGCAGAGACAUGGAGAGACACAAAGCCAUGAAGAGAGACUAAGCAAGACAGGACAAGAAAACCAGCUCAAGUUCAGCUGUACCUGGAGCCCCAGCCCGCCUUCAUGCCUGGCAGGUGCCCCACCUGGCUGGUCUUCCCAGGUCAGCUGCAGCCAGUGCUGCAGGCAGUCUGACUUGCAGUCCCGGGAGCAGCUCCUGACCAGCGUCUGCAGACAAGAGGAUGGCUCAGGUUCUGCACGUGCCAGCCCCCUUCCCAGGGACCCCAGGCCCCACACCGCCGCCGUUCCAGGCCCGGGAGGCGGAGCCGCCGCCGUACUCGGUGGAGACACCUUAUGGGUACCGGCUGGACCUGGACUUCCUCAAGUACGUGGACGACAUCGAGAAGGGGCACACGCUGCGACGCGUGGCCGUGCAGCGCCGGCCGCGGCUGGGCUCGCUGCCGCGGGGCGCAGGCUCAUGGUGGACGUCCACCGAAUCGCUGUGCUCCACGGCCAGCGCCGACAGCCGCCACUCGGCCUUCUCGUCCUGCGGCCGCUCGGGGCCGUCCGCGGGCGUCAACCCGCGCGUGGAGCGCACGCUGCUGGACGCGCGCCGGCGCCUGGAGGCGCAAGUGGGCCCGGGGCUGGCGGGCUCGGCCGGCUCGCUGGCGGGCUCCACGGGCUCGCUGGCCACGCCCGCGCUGCCGCCCGCCACGCCGCGCGGCUCGGGGCUGUCCACGCCCGUGGCGCCCAGCGCCGGCCACCUGGCCCACGUGCGCGAGCAGAUGGCGGCGGCGCUGCGCAAGCUGCGGCAGCUGGAGGAGCAGGUGAAGCUCAUCCCCGUGCUCCAGGUCAAGCUCUCCGUGCUCCAGGAGGAGAAGCGCCAGCUCGCCGUGCAGCUCCGGAGCCGCCGCUUCCUGGGGCCCCCGACGGCCGCGGAUGACACGGGCCUGGCCGCGCGCAGCGUGGGCACCUGGGUCCGCGAGCGGGACCUGGGCCUGCCCGAUGGGGAAGCCGCGCUGGCCGCCAAGGUAGCCGUGCUGGAGACACAGCUGCACAGGGCACUGCAGGAGCUGCGGGCGGCCCAGGCCCGCCAGCCCCGCGCCCCUGGCAGCCCCGGCCGCGUGGACACCGUCCGCGUGGUGCACGGCCCGCGGGAGGUGGAGGUGGCGGCCAGCACGGCGGCCGGGGCCCCGGCCCAACGAGCCCAGGACCUGGAGCCCCACGGGGCGGGCCUGAGGGCGCUCGCUGCCACCGGGCCCGAGAGCCCUGCGGUCUUCUGCAGCCACGAGGUGCUGGAGGCCCCGAGCCCCGCGCCCGCCGCCGCGCCCACCGGCCAUGUCCACGCCAUCAAGAAGAUCAGCAUCACGGAGCGCAGCUGCGACCCGGCAGCCGGUCUCGCACAGACUUCUGCAGAGUCCCCCGUAUCCCCCCCGGAGUCUGCAGUGUACUCUGACACCUCCAGCUGCAAGCCCGCCCAGCAUGCGGCCCCCUCGCCCGAGCCACAGGAGGCCAGCGGUGCAGGUGGGGACUCUGUGGCAGUGGAGUCCAUCGCAGAGCUCAAAGAGGCGGCCCCAGACCCUGCAGUCCAGAGGAGGAGCCUCCAGUUUGUGGAGGUCAAUGGCGGGUAUGAAUCCUCUUCUGAAGACUCCAGCACGGCCGAGAACUUCUCAGACAAUGACAGCACAGAGAACGAGGCCCCCGAGCCAGAAGUGAGGGUUCCCAGCGAGGCUGAAGCCCCCCAGCAGACACCCGCGGGGGCAGCGGUGGUCCGUACUGGCCGCCCACCGUGUCAGCUGUCUCGGGAAUCCCAGCAUGUGCCCUCGGCCGAGGGGGCGGCAGGGUCCAACUCGGAGGAGGAAAUCCGGAUGGAGCUGAGUCCAGACCUCAUCUCGGCCUGCCUGGCCCUGGAAAAGUACCUGGACAAUGCCAAUGCGCUCACGGAGCGGGAGCUGAAGGUGGCCUACACCACGGUGCUGCAGGAGUGGCUGCGCCUGGCCUGCCGCAGCGACGCCCACCCUGAGCUGGUGCGCCGCCACCUGGUCACCUUCCGCGCCAUGUCCACGCGCCUGCUGGACUAUGUGGUCAACAUCGCCGACGGCAACGGCAACACUGCCCUGCACUACUCCGUGUCCCAUGCCAACUUCCCCGUGGUGCGGCAGCUGCUGGACAGCGGUGUGUGCAAGGUGGACAAGCAGAAUCGGGCCGGCUACAGCCCCAUCAUGCUCACUGCACUGGCCACGCUCAAGACCCAGGACGACAUCCAGACUGUGGACCAGCUCUUCCGCCUGGGAGAUGUAAAUGCCAAGGCCAGCCAGGCGGGGCAGACGGCGCUGAUGCUGGCGGUCAGCCACGGCCGCGUGGACGUGGUGAAGGCGCUGCUGGCCUGUGGCGCGGACGUCAACGCCCAGGACGACGAUGGCUCCACCGCCCUCAUGUGCGCCUGCGAGCACGGCUUCAAGGAGAUUACGGGGCUGCUGCUGGCCGUGCCCGGCUGCAACACCGCGCUCACGGACCGCGACGGCAGCACCGCGCUCAUGGUGGCCCUGGAUGCCGGGCAGAGCGAGAUCGCGUCCAUGCUGUACUCCCGCUUGAACAUCAAGUGCUCCUUCGCCCCGAUGUCAGACGAUGACAGUCCAGCAUCGUCCUCAGCUGAGGAGUAACCACAGGGGACCCCCACCCUUCCCUGUCACCCCCCCCCCAACUCCCUGCCUCCCAUUCCCCAAGGCCCAGAUCUAAAAGACUGGUUGGUUGUUGUCUUCUCUUCACCCCUGAAGGGGGAGCCCCAACAUCUACAGGAGUCUGAAUCCUGCGGUUCUCUCCACUUCCCCUCAAGGCACCACAGUACAAACCAAAGCUGAAUCCCCAUCUGGAGGGUGCCAGCGCCUGGGGGUGUGGGCUGCGCAGAGAUCUGGGGGGCAAUCAGCAAUUGUGGUCAGAGGAGGGAACAGGGGAGCGGGGAGCAGGGAGGGGCUGGAUGUCACAUGUUUGCCUCCACACCCCAGAUCUUAGCAUUCAGUGGUCCCUUCCCAGGUGGCUUUGGGCUGGCCGCCCUCCCCCUCUCACACUGCUCACUGCCCACCCUGGUUGGUUUUCGGGGACAAUGUAACCUCUCCCUGGGUGGAACUGGGGUGCUCAGGACACUGCAGCCAGUGUCCCCCCAAGGAUGCCUUGCUAGAUAGUUCUAGAAAGCCCCAAGGACCCACAGAAAGAAGAGGAUCUGGUUCUCAGAGCGGCCCUGCCUCCCGAGCCCCACGCGGUGGUUUAGGCUGCAGGCGGGCACAUUUAAAGAGGCCGAGUGCCACGCCAGCCACUGGCCCGGCCCACGGCCAGGUGCCCGCCUUCGGGAAAUGGGGCAGGCCACUCACCAUGCC